AUGGCGCCCGCGAGGUCCCAUCAGGACGAAGGCUCGGACGCCCCGCAGUCUGGAACACUGUCCGCCUCCCCGACAGCAGCAGCCACCGUUGCUGGCGACAGCACGACAAACGGUAGACAUGGACGUGAGAAUGAGAAUGGAAAUGGAAAUGGAAAUGGAAAUGCAGAGGGACAGCGUGGUGCCGGUGCUGGCGCCGGUGACAUUGCCCAGGCCUACAAAGACCUGACCAGUCCUUGGCUUUCUCCAUCCGACCCUGUCGAUCGUUGUCAGAACAAGCCUGCCAAGCGAUGGUCACAAACCCCUGCCUCGCCAUGGGUUUUGUCAAUUUCGCCCUAUGACUGCUUCAGUCUGGGUCAGCAGAUUCGACUCAGUCGCAACAAGAGCUCGUCGACAUGGCGCAUAGCCUCGCUGCUACUUGAUUCAGCAUCGGCAUUAGCACUGGGUCCUCGGCGGUGUAAGGCGGAGGCCACUUGUGUGAGGCGGACCGCAUAUGUGAUGUGGCGCGUGCCACCAAUGCGCGAGGUCCCCGAUGUUCUAGACCAUGAAUCGCAUAUCUGGUCCAGAGCAUGUUCCUCUUCAAUAUCAGACGAAAGCCGCCAUUCCCCUCCCUGCGCACCGCCCUACGCGCUGGCCAUGGGGGCAGGAGCGCACCCUUGGCUUUCGGCGCCUUAUGUGCUUAUAUAUGAGAGCAAUGUCGCGUCCUGCACGAGUGUAGAGGCGGGCCGAGCAUCGUGCCCGGACCCCACGGUCUCGCCCUCGAUAGCCAAGCGGCUAUCUUUGGAGGGUGAACAGGCCGCCACGGCCCUCGAAGCCAACCUUGCAAAGCUGGAAAGCAGGCUCGACGAGCUGCUGGCCGGUUUCGAGACUGACGAGCUGCGGAAUGCCUCCUCGGGCGGCAAGGGUCCCGCUGAGAAGUGA